CUAUGUCAUGCAAAUUUCAAAUAAUCACGUAUAACCUAAACUAGUUUCUUAUUAAAAUCAAAAUCAUACUCGAUUUUUUUAUUCUACCAAAUACUUAUGCGAAGAAUAAACCCGCAUUCAUGAAAAAAUUAAUAAAGAAAUUAUAAUAAAUUUUUUUUCAUAAUUAUUAUCAUCAAUUGUAAAUAGACCAAUCAAUAUUUACUAAAAAAAAAUUCCAGAAAUGAAUUUAUUAUCAGACAGCUCAGAAGACGACGAUGACGUUUACAUUAAUUCAGCGGCACGUUACAAAGCUCUAAAAGCCAAGAAAAUCAAAGAUCUACCAGAUGCUGAUGACAGUUAUAACGAUGAACCCGCCACUGAAAAUCCACUUCCCAAACUUGCAAAAGAAAAAUCCAAAACCCCGAGUCCCAAAGAAUCUAAUCCCGAAAUCACAGAGACAAUCGUCAUCCCCGACAUUCCACCAAAGCCAAUCAGCCCAGCAAUCGCUCCAAUAGUUAUCGUCGAUGACACUCCAGCAGUCAGAACCAAACGUAGAGCAAGACAAAAUGGUGGCCCAAUGACCAGAUCCAGAUCCAAGCAGAGCCUCGAUAAUGACCCAAAUUUACCGACGAUCGUAUUAGAUCCAGACGAUUCGCUGUCAUUUUUAAAUUCGACUCCAAUAAGCCAAGCAGACUCAAUUGAAAUAAACGAUUCAGACAACGAACUACUCAAUGAUUCACAGGAUGAUGGAUUAUCUAUUGACGUUAAAGUCCGGUGGAGAUCACGUGCCGUUGAACGAAUCCAACUUGGCAAAAAUGAAAAUUUCAUUAAAAUUUUUAAAUACUUUGCCACAAUUGCUGGAGUACCGGACAAUCAAAUACUGAUAACACGUAAUGAAGUAUUAAUUAAUCCUACGGAUACCCCAUCGUCAAUAAAUUUAACGAUUCUUGAUGUUCUUGAGGGCGGGAUUAUUAAUGAAAACAUGUUAGACAAAACAGCUGAAGAAAAAAUAAUUGAGCCGGUAUGCAAAGUAAAAAUUCAAACAGGAGCUAAAAAAGGUUUAUCGUACGAUUUAAAACCCAAUGAACCGUUUGAAAAAUUAAUUGCAUACUGCGCCGAGCAAAAUAACGUCAAAGUAUCGCAGAUAAAAUGUUAUUUUGACGGUGAAUUAAUUUCACCAACUGAUACACCGGAAUCACUAGAUUUAGAAGAUGAAGCCUGCGUUGAUCUUAAAAUAAUUUCCUGAUCCUGAAGUGAACCGACAAUUAACAAUUUUCGAAUUUUUUUUAAACAAUUUAAUUAAAAAAAAAAAAAAAAAAAAAAAAUAUGCACUUGUAGGAAAUUAAAAAAACUACAAGUGCAUUUUUUAAAAAUAUUUUUUUUUUAUAAUUUAUCGUUUUUAAAAAAUUUCAAAAAUUAUUUUACCGGCUAACUUCAGGGUCAUUAAUUUAUGACAGUAAAGUUAGCAGACAUUUGAAUUUUAAAUAAAUUUCUUUAAAUAGACACAUAAUUAAAAAAAUGUAUUUAUAAAAAAAUGCACAUGUAGAAAAUUUAAUAAACUAUAUGUGCAAUUUUUCAAAAUAUUUUUUUUAAUAUUUAUUUUUUUGUUAAAAAGAAUCAAAAUGUUCUUAAAUGUCUGCUAACUUUAUGGUCAUCAUUAAUUUUCAUAAUUAUUUUUAUUAUUCCAAUCGCACUAUUAAAUUUAUUAAUGUAAAAAAUAAUUUUAUAUAUUUUUUACUUUAUUUAAGUAUUUAUAGUUAAAAUAUAAACUUGUAAAUCACGCUGGAAAAUUUUACAUCAACAGUUUGUAGACCGAAUUGAUAUUUAAAUAUUUUCUACCGAAUGUUAAUAAAGUUUAAUCAA